AUGCUCAGGAUCGACCAGCUUUCCAGAGAUAGAACCGGCAAGAGAGCUGUCGUAUUUCUGAUGCAAGGGCACAGUGCCAUGUCUUCAUUCAUGAGAUUUCAACUGCGAAUGCUUGAAUAUGAAAGCAUCUCGGCUAUGCCCAUAUCCCGCGCUGACCGGCUCGUUACUCAUCUUGAUGCAUUAAGAAAGCCGAGCAUUACUGGCAUGAACGGAUGCGCCCAAAUCAGCAGUCAUGAGGCCCAGAGGGACCUUUUACGCCAUUGCGUUUCAGGAUUUCCUCCAUCAGUGGAACGGGUAGAUGCUCUAUUAGGGUCCGUCAGUCAUUUGAGGGACUUGGCCAACAUGGUGCAGAGCCAGGAAGGGCAACAGAUCAUCUGUGAGCGGUUGGGCGUCGCUGAUGGCCGCAGAAUGAUUACAUACUUCACCGGCGGUCCGAAGUUCGGAUAG